AUGGGAGUGGUGAGCAGCAAAAAGCAGGUCAAGGAGAAGACUAAGGACUCAUGGAGCCCUAUGAAAGACAGCACCCAGAGCAAGGUUCCUCCACCUCUACCACCCCUGCUUGUGUUUAAUCAUCUGGCUCCUCUGCCUCCGGACAAGCACCCGGAACAAGAGGAUCAUUUUGUGGUGGCUCAGUAUGAUUACAACACAGUGAAUGACUGGGACCUGCAGAUGCUGAAGGGAGAGAAGCUGCAGAUCUUGAAAGCAACUGGAGACUGGUGGUUGGCCAAAUCACUCGUCACUGGAAGAGAAGGCUAUGUGCCCAGCAACUUUGUUGCCGAAGUAGAGACGCUGGAAGUGGAAAAGUGGUUUUUUCGAUCAAUUAACCGGAAGGAUGCUGAGAGGCAGCUUCUGGCUCCAAUCAAUAAGGUUGGCUCAUUCCUUAUUAGAGAAAGUGAAACAAAUAAAGGUGCCUUUUCGCUGUCUGUGAAGGAUGUAACCACCCAGGGGGAGGUGAUCAAACACUAUAAGAUCCGCAUGCUGGAUGAAGGAGGCUAUUACAUCUCCCCCAGAAUCACCUUUCCCUCGCUCCAAGCCCUGGUGCAGUAUUAUUCUAAGAAGGGGAAUGGUUUGUGCCAGAAGCUGACCCUGCCCUGUGUGAGUCUGGCUCCUCAGAACCCUUGGGCCCAGGAUGAAUGGGAAAUUCCCCGGCAAUCUCUCAAACUGGUCAGGAAACUUGGGUCUGGACAGUUUGGUGAAGUCUGGAUGGGUUAUUACAAAAACAACAUGAAGGUGGCCAUCAAGACCUUGAAGGAGGGAAGUAUGUCUCCAGAAGCCUUCCUUGGUGAGGCCAACAUGAUGAAGGCCCUCCAGCAUGAGAGACUGGUCCGACUCUACGCUGUGGUCACCAAAGAGCCCAUCUACAUCGUGACCGAGUACAUGGCCAGAGGAUGCCUUCUGGAUUUCUUGAAGACGGAUGAAGGUAGCAGAUUGUCCUUCCCAAGACUGAUUGACAUGUCAGCCCAGAUUGCAGAAGGAAUGGCAUACAUUGAGCAGAGGAAUUCAAUCCACCGUGACUUGAGAGCAGCCAACAUCCUAGUAUCUGAGACCUUGUGCUGCAAAAUCGCUGACUUUGGAUUGGCUCGGAUCAUCGACAGUGAAUAUACUGCACAAGAGGGUGCCAAGUUCCCCAUCAAAUGGACGGCCCCAGAGGCCAUCCACUAUGGGGUGUUCACCAUAAAAUCAGACGUGUGGUCUUUUGGAGUCCUCUUGAUGGAAAUUGUCACUUUUGGGCGUGUGCCAUACCCAGGCAUGAGCAACCCGGAGGUCAUCCGCAACCUGGAGUAUGGCUACCGCAUGCCGCGCCCAGACUCGUGCCCACAGGAGCUGUACGGCAGCGUCAUCCUCGAGUGCUGGCGGAGCCGGCCCGAGGAGCGGCCCACCUUCGAAUUCCUGCAGUCAGUGCUCGAGGACUACUUCAUGGCCACUGAGCAACAGUACGAACUCCAGCCCUAG